AUGUGCGUCUUUUUCACAUUUCGUCGUAAAAUAAUCACAUUGGUCGAUAGAGAUUGCGAUAAACACCCAGAAAAACAGUGGCCCCUCUAUUUGGCCUGUUUGGUGGCCACGGAGGACAUGGAGAACACAAGAGCAGAAGUUGGGACCAUGCGCCUGGCCAGUUGCCUCAAGCACUGCAUCAGUCUGAAGCAAUGUAACAUUGUUGAUUACGACAUUGGUACCAAUCCACCAUGCUGGGUGCAAACGCAGGAAGGACCCGUCAGGAAAGAGACCUUGAAAUCUCACAGAACAAAUGUCAACUACAUUUUGGAUAGAAAAUGUUUGGCACCAACUGAUAUACCAAUUGUUCCAGCUGCGUGGAAAGACAUGUUGCCAUCUACAUCAUCACGAACACUGUCUAACAUUCCACUUUUUCCAACAUUUCUGAAAUGCUGCUGCAGAUAUUUAAGACUGGAGCACUUAUUUACACUUCAGUAUAAAUAA